AUGAGCCGUAGCGCCAAACUCGCCCCGGAAGCCAACAGGAUCCUCUUUGUGAAGAAUCUCAGCUACAACGUAACCGCGGAGGAGCUCUUCGAUCUAUUUGGCAAAUUCGGCCCUAUCCGCCAAAUACGCCAGGGCAUCGCAACCAACUCCAAGGGCACCGCAUUCGUGGUUUACGAAGACGUGACGGAUGCGAAGCAGGCCUGCGACAAACUAAACGGCUUCAACUUCCAGAACCGCUACCUCGUUGUCCUCUAUCACCAGCCAGAGAAGAUGGUCCGAUCAAAAACAGACCUCGCCGCGCGCCAGGAGAAUCUCGAACGGCUCAAAUUGCAACAUGGCAUAGAUUGA